AUGGCCGCCACCCUCCUCCCCCACCACGCCCAAACACCGCACUCCAUCCGCGAGUACGCCGGGCUGGCCCGCCCCCCACACCUGACCCGGCUCGAAAGCGCGACGCACAAAACCGGCCACGUCGAGCCGCUCAGCAUCGACGUCGAGGACACCCCGGAAGGCGGCUUCGUCCCGGGCUUCCUGCACCUCCCGCCCGACUUCUUCACCAACCCGCCCGCCGACGCCUCCCCCGCCGACGCCACCCCGCGCACCGCCCGCCUACUGGCCACCCUCCCGCCGCACCACCACCGCACCGCCGCCAUCCUGCUCUCGGGCGCCGGUGGGGGGCUGGCCGGGCCGAGCUCGAUUUACUUGUCGCUGGCGUGUAAGUUGGCGACGCUGGGUCGUGGGAUUCCGGCGCUGAGGCUGGAUUAUCGAUAUCCUGGAAGGAGGGAGCAGUGUGUGGCGGAUGUGAGGGCUGCGAUGGCGUUUUUGAGGGAUAUGUAUGGUUUGGAUCGGUUUGUGUUGGUGGGUUGGUCGUUUGGAGGGGCGGUGGUGUUUACGGCGGCGGAGGAGGAUCCGAGGGUGGUCGGGUGUGCGACGGUGGCGAGCCAGGCGGCCGAGGCGGAGGGGAUUCAGAAGUUGAGCCCGAGGCCGGUGCUGUUGAUGCAUGGAAGUGGGGAUAAUACGUUGGAUGUGGGCUGUUCGCAGAGGUUGUUUCAUAUGUAUGGGGCGGGGGAUCGGAUGUUGGAGGUGUUUGAGGGGGAUAAUCAUUCGUUGAGCAAGAAUGCGGAUGGGGCGGAAGUGAUGCUGUGUGAGUUUGUUGCGAGGUGUGCUGGGCUGAGGGUGGAUGCGCAGGAUAGGAAGGAUGUGGUGGGUGCAGAGCUGGUGGAGGAUGGGGAGCGGCAUGGGCUGAUGGAGAAGGGAGGUGAUUUGAGGGCGCCGGAGCGGGAAGACUAA